UGGACGAAGAAGGUCACAAGCACGACAUUCAAGAUGGCGACCCCCUUAUGUCAGUGUUAUCAGAUAUGUGUAAGAAGGGGUUUGGUGGCAUUCCCUUCCUCUUACCUGCUGCUUUCCAACAGACCCCAUGUCUACACGAUACGUGGGCUCCUCACACACUCUCCACAGGUGCCUCAGUCAGCCCUUCUUCAAGUAAGGUAUUUGUCAGGAGAGCGGGGUGGUGGACGAAGAGGUUUCCUGGGAGAGUUUUUGGAUAACCUCAAACAGGAGCUAAACAAGAACAAGGAAAUGAAAGAAAACAUCAAAAAGUUUCGAGAAGAGGCCAAAAAACUCGAGGAGUCAGAGGCACUGAAGCAAGCUCGGAGGAAAUAUAAAAAUAUAGAGUCUGAAACAGUGAAGACGUCCGAGGUUCUCAGGAAGAAGUUGGGAAACAUUUCAGAGACGGUCAAAGAGGGACUGGAAGAGGUCAGCCGGACAGAAUUUGGGAAGAAAAUCAAAGAAGGAAUGGAAGAAGCUGCCAAAACAGCAAAGACAUCUGCUGAGACUGUCUCCAAGAGUGGAGAGAUGCUGGGGAAGACGGGCGCAUUUAAAGCAAUAUCUCAGGGAAUGGAGAGUGUGAAGAAAGAGAUCGGUGACUUGGGUCACACUGGCCCUUAUCGGCCUCCCACCAGACUCAGAAAGAGGACUGAAUUCUCCUCCAAGGGGGCAGCGGAUGAAAGCAGGGUCUUUGAGGCCAACGAGGAAGCUAUGGGCGUGGUGCUCCACAAAGACUCAAAAUGGUACCAGCAGUGGAAGGACUUCAAAGACAACAACGUGGUCUUUAACAGGUUCUUUGAGAUGAAGAUGAAAUAUGAUGAGAGUGACAACGCGUUUAUCAGAGCGUCCCGUGCCGUCACUGACAAGAUGACUGACAUCAUAGGUGGGCUGUUUUCAAAGACUGAGAUGUCUGAAGUACUGACAGAGAUUUUGAAGGUGGACCCGUCCUUUGACAAAGACUCCUUUCUCAAGCAGUGUGAGCGGGACAUCAUCCCCAACAUACUGGAGGCGAUGAUUCAAGGGGAGCUGGAGGUUCUCAAGGACUGGUGCUAUGAAGCGACGUACAGCCAGCUGGCACAUCCAAUCCAGCAAGCCAAGGCCAUGGGGCUUCAGUUCCACUCCAAGAUUCUGGACAUUGACAAUAUUGAUCUGGCCAUGGGUAAGAUGAUGGACCAGGGUCCAGUGCUGAUUAUCACUUUCCAGGCUCAGUUAGUCAUGGUGAUCCGAAACACCAAAGGAGAAGUGGUGGAAGGAGAUCCUGAAAAAGUCCUCAGGAUGAUGUACGUGUGGGCUCUCUGCCGAGACCAGGAAGAGCUCAACCCAUACGCUGCCUGGAGACUAUUGGAUAUCUCCGCCUCGAGCACGGAGCAGAUCCUCUAAGACUCUUUGAUGUGCACUAAACACUCACAGUCAGGGAGACCAUACUUCACCACAUAGGCUCUGAGGCUGGGAGGAUGGGACACACACAGGUGGACAUGUGGGGGCUGGACUUUGCUACGAAAACACUGUGGAGUAGUGUUGCUGAAAGCUCGAGCUGCUUCUCCAUCUAUUGGCUUUGCUCAGUCAGUUAUUCCUGACCGUUCCUCAGGCUCACACUUGGGGGCAGUAGACUACCAGCAACAUUCAUCCUAAGUCCUUUUUGCAGCCUGUAGGCUGUGCUUUUCUGUUUGAUGUAGCCCUGCCAUUGUUGGCUUUUAAAAGAUAAAUGAUGCCUUUUUAUCAAUAUGGGAAACAAUUAUGUGGGAAUCAGCCCAAUAGAUUUGUAACUAAACUUAAUGUCAUCAAACAGACUCCUUCAUAUCCUGUCACUGAGAUGUCACCGUAUACCUUUAUUCCACCGCCUUUCUCCAUCAAAAAGAGACACACACCAUAAACUUACUGGGCCCAGAGUUGGAACCAUUGAUCCCAGUGGCUGUGGGAGGUGCUGCUGCAAAAAAACAAAACAACUGCCGUGAUUUUAUUUCCAAAAAUUAACUUUGUUACACAACACUAUGGAAUAUCUGGUUUUCCAGCAUGUGGGAUGGUUGUUUCAGGACUAAGGCAAACGCCGGUCCUGAAGUCGCUGCACGCCAGCACCUGAUUGGUGGAAGAGGUAACAGUGGCUGCUUUCGCCGGUGCCAAUCAGUGCGCUCCCAUCUUUACUGAGGAUUGUCGUCCUUGUAUGUAUGAUAAUAAUUCAGUGUGAUUGUUGACCUGUAAGAGUCUAUAUUUAUUAUAAGAAAUAAAAUGAACAGUCGCUUUUGGAAACAACUUUCAAUCCACCUUUUUUGUUUUUUUAACGCUUCAGCCGGCCUUCAUUUUGGGACGAGAUCAUGUGAUUCCUUCGAGGGCAGUUGCUAAUUAUUCUUUUAAAAUUA